AACCCAGGCCCGCCCCCCCUUUUCUCCUCUCCGGUUGUUCCAAGUAACCAUCGUUUAGAAGUCUGCACAACUAGGUAGUCACCUACCAUGACGAAAGCCGACGAGAGCAUGGCCACCCGGUACCGGGAAGCGAUGCGGCGGCACCGGUUCGGCUACGCGUUGUACGAGCCGGCGCCGUUCUCGCGGCUGCGGCCUGGUAUGCUCGGUUUCCUUGACGAGUACCAACGCUGGCACCCCAUACUCGAUCUCACCGACGCCGCGGCUGUGAAAGCGGCCGGGUUUGAGCCUCUUGGGCCACUCCAGCGUGCAGAGCCUGACGUACGCAAGUUCGGCCCGCUGACGGCCAGCGGCGUGGCCGAAACCAGCAUUGAUCUCGAGGCGGGGGUUGGUGCCGCCGCGUUGGGCCUGCCGCUCGACGUGGGCGGCGUGCUUCAGUACUCGACGGCUGGCGACUUUGGCGCAGUCCUCAUGUGCGAUGCCGACGUCGUGACCGAGGGGUUUGACUUCCGCGACCCUUUUGCCGUUUGGAUUCGGCACCACGCGGCCCAGCUGUUCAAACGAUACCCCGAAGUCUGCGAGCACGGUGUCUGCGCCGCCACCUGGACCUACGCGUCAACAGACAUACAUAUCAACGCGUGGCAAAGUGCCGAUAACCGCGUCGUCAUCGGUUGUGACCUGGCCGUUGCCGGCGUUGCAAAGGCCGGCCCCAAAGUUUCCUGGCACCGCGGGUCCGCUGGUAGUGGCUGGUCUGCCUGGACCGACCAGAAGCGUGUCAUCUUCUUUACUGGCGUCAAGAUUCGCAAGGGCUUCUGUGGCUCGCGCGAGGAGCCGGAGAAGCGUUGGCGCGGCGGCGAGGAGGUGUUUGAAGCCGAUGAUGACGAGACGGGAGAAAGUUAUCCAGUCGGACUUGAGAUGGUUGGGGAUGAUUGGUACGCCAUAGAUGAGCCAGAGUGAUUUUCGGUAACAUCAUUCUUCUGCUAUUUUAUAGAAGUC